CAUGUUGGAAGAAAUAGUACGCAUUUUGGUUUGGUGAAAAUUGGCCGUCUCCCAUUUUUUUUAAGUUAUUUUUCAUUUUAUGAAGUAUACGAUGCUGUUUGUUCUAGCGUCAAGGGAGGGAGAUUACGUGUCUAUCGACCUGUGAUCGUUUUGUUCCUAAAGAAAUUUGAGACGAAAAUACACGUCUAAUUGUUUUCUUUUGUGUUUUCUGGGUUGGCUGCAAGGUGACUAUUUACUGAAGACAUGAGUGAAAUAUUCAGAGGAAGAAUAAAAGAGAUUGUGCGUGGGUCAGACUUGACCCUGCUGUCUUCCAAGAAGAUCAGAGAACAGUUGGAGCAAGAAUUCAAGACAGACUUGUCCAAAAGGAAGAAAGAAAUUGAUGACAUCGUGAUGGGCCUCUUGGUGUCUGAGAGUCAGAACGAAGAAUCCCAGAAUUCACCAGAUGAAGAUGACGAAGAUGAAGUUGACAGUGACAAUCCUGUCACAUUGAACUCACAGCCACAAAAGCGAAAACAACAUGCCACAAACACCACGAAAGGCAAGAAAUCAAAGACAGAUUUGUCUGAUGAGGAGACAGAGACAAUGUCUAAAGAUGAGGAACUUGCUCGGAAACUGCAGGGUGAAUCUCGGUCAAGAACGAGAAGAAAGCAGGUGAAAGGUCCGAGGAAAAAGGAAUCAAGAAAGACACCAACAAAGAAAGACAGCUUGUACCAGAAGGAGAUGGUUCUGUCACAUGAGUUAGCAGAUAUCAUGGGAGUGAAUACGAUGCCAAGGGCAAAAGUUGUACAGAGAAUGUGGCAGAUCAUUAAAGAGCGGAACCUCAGUGACCCUGCCAACAAACAGUACCACAUCUGUGAUGAUCAACUCAUGAAGGUAUUUGGGAAAAGAAGGGUGCGGACGUUUUCCAUGAUGAAGUAUCUCAAGGCACACAUCAAGGACCCUGAUCUGCUCACCAAUUCAUAAAAAAAACGGUCAAGCCAUGUAAGUAGUGAUAAUAACUUGGACGCCAGCCAGCCCCAUGAAUGAAUGAAUGAGUGGGCAGAGGUCACCUUGAGCUGGCCAGGAGGUCAAAAUGAAUCCUCUUCAACUUCCUGCUGGUCAGUGCAUGGUCAGUCCAGCAAGGCCAUUCGGAUGCUGUCUGCACUGACCGCUCUGUACACCGACCAUCAGUGACCGUGCAUCAUCAAGUAACAAUACAAUAUGGACACUUAUGUCCAUGCGCUGUGGAGUCCAGCAGUAUUGAUUUAUUCUGUCAUUGUAGUGACAGCACGUUUACCCUUAACUCCAUUGCUCUCAAAAAGAGGAAGUCCUGAAACACAUAACUUGACUUGGGCCUCAAUUCCUUAAUAAAAUUUCUUUUUUGUGAUCGGAUGUAAUGUUUUGACCCAUGGUCACAGAGGAUAUGAAGAAAAAAUUUGUUUCCUUCUUUUUUGGGGUUAUCUUCUUUCAAUUAAAUACAGGUAACUUGACAACCAUAAAGAUGCCACUUAAAAAAGGGCCCAUGGUCUGAAGUAUUUCUUUGGAGAUUUGUUCUUAAUAUAAGCCAACUGAACAUCUAAGAAAAAAUGUAACGAAUGAUGGACAUUCAUGUUGAAAUUACAUUGCAGUUUCCUUUUGGGUAUGAUUUUAAAAACUUAAAUGGUUGAGAAGAAAAAAUCUAAUGCCACGAAACUGAAGUAUUCUCUGCACUGCACUUAUUAUGAUGAAGUUUCCUUUGCGUCUUAUAAUAAGACUUGCUUUGAAGAUGCAGUCAACGUAACUAAAAUAUUAUAUUAUUUCUUUCAAACGAAAAACUGUAAGGAUGUUAUGUUUGUUUAAAGGCAUCAGUUGCUAUAGGAAUCUGCUAAUGGCCAGUUUAUUAAAGAAGGGUUUUCAUCAAUGAAGCUGUCUAAACCUUGGAUUUCAGGCACCAAUUCCAGGCUAGGCCAAUUCUGUGGGCAUUUUGACUACCACAACAGUUUAGCUUAGCACAAUCUGGUUACUGGCAAACAUGCUGAAGAAGUGUA